AUGAUUAUCAGUGAAGCCAGCUUCCUAGCUGCUGACAAUGGUCUGAAGCCUGCUGUGCUAGUGCGGUGGUGAGCUAGCUGAAGAAGUGGCCCAAACCAUUACGUUACUUAGUUAGCUAGCUUUAUCCUAGUGUCUGUGUGGUAGUUAGUUAGUCGACCACCUCGGCCCUGGGAUUGCCUGCGCAUUGUUGGCUAGCUAACGUUAGCUGUCUAAACCUUUAUCCAUGGAGUACAUAGGGGCUUCUCUUUGGAGUUUGGACCUACGAUUGAUGACGUGCCUUUGAUUCUACGGUAACCACUAGAGUUGUAAUAAGAAGAGCAUCCAUCCAAUGCAAAAGUCUUGAAAGGUAACUAAGUACAUUUUAAUGGCUACCUAGAAAAUCAUGAAACGACUGACUCGAUUAAGAUCGCUAUUCAGGCCGGGCUGUCAAGCUCCCAGCUGUCACUUUUGUUUCAAUAACGUUGGUUAGCCAGCCAUUUCUUUACUGUUAGCUACUGACUGCUAACGCGUUAGCUAUGAUUGCUUGUUAUCCAUGUCCAGCUAAUAUUGUCUUGUAAUGUAAUGAUUUUAUUGAAAUAGCUAAACAUGGUGAAAUUGUUUGAUAGUAGUAUUAUGAUCAUGAUAAUGAUUAGCAUGAGCCAACCACUGAAUUUGUGAGAGCCUGUACUAUCUGCCUGUAGCCCAUAUGUGACUUCUAUACUGAGUAAAUAGCCACGUUAGAGGUCCCAGAUAUGGACUACCAACGUUCCUUGACCGAUGAUAGUUGGCUUGUAAAGUUCCGAUGUGAUCUCAUUUGACACUUUAGCUAGACCUUUUAGAUUGUAGUAAUCAUGCAGUGUCAUUGGUUUGAAAUUGGUGUCAUUGGUUUUAAAUCUGAAGUUCAGUCAUUGUUAAAUCACUGGGCUAGUACAGUAGCUAACGUUAUACAUUCAUGCGAGAUGUCACUAAAACAUUUCCUCUUCCUAGCAAACCUCCAUUAUGGAUUUCAGCAAAUCGUUGACCUUGUGGAUUGUAUGCUUAUGCCUCCUGAGCGAAAGUUGGACGGUCCAAGCCAGCUCAGACCACCAUGAAAUUGAUAAUGGUGUGUCAGGUAUGUAAAUAUCAUUCAGAAAUGUUCGAACAUUAUGACACACCUGCAAUCAUUCUGCCCAUAUGCAGCAUGUGUAUUAAUUCCAUACACAAUGUGAUCAAAAUUGGUCACUUGUAGACAUUUGUUGCAUUAUCAGUGCACUAGAAUCUCCUGUACCGUUUUUGUAUUUAGAAAUUGUGCCAGCUCUAAAUGCAACCAUGCUGAGAAUAGUUAGGGUAUGCAUUCUCUAUUAAGCUCUGUCCCAUGGUGAUCAUAGCACACAGUCAAGUCAGGGAGACGUGCAUCUUGGUAGUGUGUUUUUUUUUUUUUCAAGUCAGUCAAAACGUAUUUUACUCAUCAUCACUAGUUUUGCCACAGCAUUCAAUGUAAUUCCAAAACAACAAAACGGAACGUGUGAAACUAUUGUCAUAGGUUUAGUUUAAACUAAACAACGUGACACUGAGAAGUUUUUAGUAAUGAACAUCAUAUAGGUGUCUAAGCCUCAUGUCGGCCACAGUAGUAGGGCUAGAACUGGCCUAUUCAUUGUUCGUUUUAGACCUGACCAGUCUCCUCUGGUGUUCCCUUUUGGGUGGGUUUGGAUCAUACAUCGUCAUAUCAUAUUUAUACAGCUGUGGGUGAAUUAGGUGCCUGCCCAUCAUUUUAUUAUCACUGUUUAUACAGGGCUCCUAUGAUUUCACAUGAACAGUGUUGAUGUUAAACUUGUGGCAUUUGUAAUUUAUCAGGUAGUGCUAUGCUUCCUGUCCAAGGGGCCCUUAACUAAUGUAGGCCUAUUCCUAAAAAAUUGAGAUGUUUAGAAAUGAAUAAACAAUGGCUUUGAAGACCACUCUCGGCCCUGACUUUUGUAAGUUAGCCUAUUCUAUACCACUUACAGUAAUUGUGCCACUACUUGAGGUCUUUUGAUUUGACAUCAUGCAUUGAGGCCAGACUGUGUAAAGGCUUUUGCUGAAUGGGACAGGGGCCAAGUCAUGGAGUGAUACAACAUGUUGGCUGUCACAGUGACCCAUCUCCAAUAAAGAUUGUGUUUGUGGUAAAACAUUAAAGACGGUUGUAGUGGUUUGCAGGACCUGUUGGUGGUGAGACAUUCAGUGAAUGUGGCCUAGCUACCCACAUACAUAAUGUAUAGUGUCUGUGCUCAGCAUCAGUUUUACUAGGUCAUGGCGUUUGUGUGAUGAAGAGACUUGGGGCCUGGAGAGGGUUGACUACUACAGACUACUGCCUGCUACAGUAAGCCUGGUUGGGCAUCCUGGAGUCAGGAUGGGAAACAGUAAUUACACCGGCAGUGAAGUGGUCCAGAGGGCAAGUGCGUGUUCAGUCUUCUACAGGCAAACACACACACACACCGAGAGGGUUAGAUAACUUAAAGCUCUUUGAAAAGGUAGUCUAGUAUGUAAAUAUUUAAUAUCCAGUAAGUUUGCAAACCAAAUGAAAAUGAGGAGAGGGUUGGCAGGGUGUGUGUGAGAGCUGCAGGUGCCAAAAGUCAUUCUUUUUUCAUCAUGGCUGUGUUUGCUGAAGAAGUACUGGGCUGCAGAUCUAGAAUGUAGACCCACUGGUAUUUUCAAAUGCACAAAAACAAUGUCCCAAAAGUUACUUUUUAACCACCACCACACCCUUGGGUUGUAGACUUAACCUUUAUCUAGGAGGCUAGCUAUGUUCAGCACACUCGCUUGCAUCGGUUGAUUUGGUGCCCCCAGGCAGAUUUAUGCUGUUAGAUUGUGGAAUUAAAGAACAGGUUGACCUGGAAUGGGUUUGUUAUUCAGUUAUCUGGAGCCAUAUUAACCAGGAGGCUUUCAUUUUGAGAUGCAUUGUUAUUGUCUAAAAGUAGUAGGCCUAUUAGCUUAGGCUACUCUGUUUGCUAAAGGCUGUACACUGGCACAAGAUUUCUCCGAUAGGCUACUCAUUGCGCCUGAAAUGGGGACGGAUAGGGGUGUGACUUUAGAGUCAAACUGCUGCUAUAGAUGGAGUUUGCCAUUUGGUGCCUUCCAUUGCAGCUGUAUAGCCUAGUUAUGGCAGAGGAAAUACAGUUUUUGAUCAGAAAUGCUCCACCCCACUUUCUGCUGCAGUGCAGUGGCAUAUGCUGCUGCCUGUACGUGUGUUGAAGAGAAGGCUUUACAGUCAAAUAAUGUUAGCAUGUCUUAACAAGCAGUUAUGGACAACCUGCCAGAAUGUCAGUUGAUGGAUUAGCAGCUUGUUAUAGCCUACCUACACUGUUGUUCAUUUCUUUAUUUUCUUGUUCGAGUUCCCAGUAGUGUGUAAUGAAGUUGGCCGUUAACUCGUGCACAUAAAGGCUUCUUGAAGUCAGGAACAGUUUUACGCCAAAAUUGAGAUUAUUUGAAUAAAUAGACAUGUACAACAACGGUUAAAAUCAGGAUAUGAGCUAAAACAAGGAUAAAAAGUUGAGAGCAGAACAUUCUCUCUGUCCUUCCUUUCAACUACCCACACUGCCUCUCCCACAUCAACUACCCACACUGCCUCUCCCACAUCAACUACCCACACUGCCUCUCUCCCACAUCAACUACCCACACUGCCUCUCUCCCACAUCAACUACCCACACUGCCUCUCUCCCACAUCAACUACCCACACUGCCUCUCUCCCACAUCAACUACCCACACUGCCUCUCUCCCACAUCAACUACCCACACUGCCUCUCCCACAUCGACUACCCACACUGCCUCUCUCCCACAUCGACUACCCACACUGCCUCUCUCCCACAUCGACUACCCACACUGCCUCUCUCCCACAUCGACUACCCACACUGCCUCUCUCCCACAUCGACUACCCACACUGCCUCUCUCCCACAUCGACUACCCACACUGCCUCUCUCCCACAUCGACUACCCACACUGCCUCUCUCCCACAUCGACUACCCACACUGCCUCUCUCCCACAUCGACUACCCACACUGCCUCUCUCCCACAUCGACCACCCACACUGCCUCUCUCCCACAUCGACCACCCACACUGCCUCUCUCCCACAUCGACCACCCACACUGCCUCUCUCCCACAUCGACCACCCACACUGCCUCUCUCCCACAUCGACCACCCACACUGCCUCUCUCCCACAUCGACCACCCACACUGCCUCUCUCCCACAUCGACCACCCACACUGCCUCUCUCCCACAUCGACCACCCACACUGCCUCUCUCCCACAUCGACCACCCACACUGCCUCUCUCCCACAUCGACCACCCACACUGCCUCUCUCCCACAUCGACCACCCACACUGCCUCUCUCCCACAUCGACUACCCACACUGCCUCUCUCCCACAUCGACUACCCACACUGCCUCUCUCCCACAAACACAUAUACACUUGUAUUCAAUCAACUAAAAUAGGUGGGCUGGGCUACAAUUACCUUAUUAGCCAAUCCUGACUCAACACAUUUCUCACAUAUAUAUAUAUAUAUAUAUAUAUAUAUAUAUAUAUAUAUAUAUAUAUAAUUACACACUUAACUGUAGCAGAAUACACGUUUGACUGGCAGGAUAUGAAAAAUGACUGAAACUGGGACCUUUAACAAAUAAACAAGAACACAGUCACACACACAAUGGGGAAUGUAUGAGUCUUUAGGUGAGGAUGUGCCAUCAUCCUCACAGGGUGUCAACUGUGGUUGUUGUUGAUAUGCCUGGAUAUUAUAGAAUUGUUUCCACAUUGGCCACCUGUCAUAGCCUCUGUGGCUGGCUUGCUCUAGCUCUCCACAGGUUGGGGUAUGGUGACUUUUGUGGAUCCAAACAAUUUAACAAUUUACCCCUUUGCAGUAGUUGCCUACAGCUAGGCUGCUUGAUAGAAUUAAAUUCCAUAGCUUCACUUUUCUGGCUUUGUUGCCAUUUUCUGUUCAGCCCUUGCUGCCUUAAUGAAGUCUUUGUCAUGAAUAAAUCUGCAGCAGUAUUCCAUGCCAGAGAAGCUCCUGCCUGUCAUGUGCUGUGCUAUGCUGACUCAUGCCUAUAAGUUGCACUCUGCAUGGGCCAAUCGGGGAAGCUCUUGCACCACACAGGAAGGUACCUGAUAUCACAUUUCUUAGUGUGAGAACUGAAGACAUCACACUAAUCUAGGCCAUGCACUAUUUCAUUUGUGUUUUGGUCAGGUUUCUGGGAAGGAUAACCCACACAGUCAUACAAGCAAAAAUAUACUCUUAGCUUUGAUCUAUCUGGUCAGCUUUUUCCCUUUUAGGGACUGUUUGCCAUUUUGCCUGUAUUUUUACCCUGCUGUUUCAUCAUGUAGACUACAUUGCAAAGAGAUAGAAGGUACAUUCUUUUGACCUGAGAUUGUGAACUUGAAACGUAGAACAUUAAAGCUUUCUGCAAAGACACUUGGCUACACUGCAAAUCUCUGUGGCUGAGAGGCCUUGGUCAUGCUCCUUCACACAGCCCAGAAUGUCUUCCCACUGCCGCUCAGGCCAAACAAGGCUUUCUUCUGACUUUAAUCAAGGCCUUAUCUGUGAUCUGCUGCUGCAGAGGGUUUCUAAUCCCCCAGGAGAGAGGGGAAGACGGCAGACCAGGAAGGGUUAGAUGCAACACAACACAACGGUUUCAUAACCAUGACUACACCCAGAGAUACUCCCAGCAUGUGACACCAUUUAUACAACUUUCAAACAACUUAAUUGUAAUGGCUGCAUAGCUGGAAUUCUUGAGGUGAAGGUGAACACACUUCUUACUAAGUCUAGACCUCUAUGUAUGUGCUAUUGUACAGACGUAAUAAUGUAGGCUAAGAUAGGCGGGUCGUUCAACGAAUGUAGUACAUUUUGGAUAGUGUAACUUGGUAAAAAAAUAAAUAAUUACAUACAUAUUAAAUUACAUAUUAAAACCAGAGUUCAGUUCACAUAACAGGGUUGACCUUAAUGAGGGACGGACUUAAUCACUAUUCACAUGACAUAAAUAAUCUUCAGAAAUGACUAUCAAAGCAAGAACGUAACUUGGGCUUUACAAUGAGGGUUAAAACUUGAAGAAAUGUUGGGGUUAAGUGGGUAACAAUCUUCCUAGUAGUCGAAAAAACAUGAGGGACAGGUUUUUUUUUACACUUUCGCAAGUCUUUAUUCAUGUAUAAAAUCUAAUUUUAUAGAAUUUUCCAUGUGGUCUAUAUUAAAGGACACUUCAUUUAAUGUAAUAGGCCAGUUAGUAGGCUAUGUAAAGGAAAAUAACGUUAGGCUAGUAAUGAAUACUGAUUUGGAUGUUUUGCCCUCAUAGUUCCCCCUGUUCAUUGACUUCUCCCUCACUAGAACUCUACUUCCCUACACACGUGUUGCACUGGGAUUGAUGACAUAACAUCAGCACCCUUGUCAUACUGAGUGUAGGCAACACUCAGGUUACACUGUUGAAAAGAAAGCAAACUCCUCCCCUCCCCGCCAUUCUCCUCUUCUCCACUGUAACCAUACAGCUGGACACAGCCUGGUUAUAAAUAGACUCUUGCUAGGUUUAGUUAAUGCUCAGCUAAAUGUAGCACCCCUAUGGUUUUCUGCUGAGCAGCAAAGCUCCUAGGUUACUAUGGGGAUUUGAACAAAUGGCUCGGGAUGGUUUCAAGGUGGACAGAGUUUUGGCUGUGGUCCAUAAGCUGGGGUGUGCUACAGGCCACAGCCACUAGUCCUACUGUAUGAUGUAGGGUUGGGGGGUAUCCAGAUUUCCAUACCUUCAAACUGUUCCUGUACCAUACCGGAGAAACGGUAUUACCGGCAGUACACAUGGGGCAUUGUUUAUUUCCCCCCAAAAAUGCACAAAACAAAUUUAGGCAGCAGGGAUCUUGAUCCUGGAGGGGUUGAUUGUCUCUGCUAUAAGCAAGAAGCUUCAUCUUGCAAGCUAGCCACUUAGCUAGCAAGUUAACAAACCAAAUGCAUAGCUGGAGCCCUGAGUUGGAGAGAAUUUAUUUGGCACAUCUUGGAUAGUUAACUUUUAGUUAUAAGCAGUGGCGUAGCAUUAGGGUGCCCCAAACUAUCAUACCGUCGGUAUUUCAAAAUACCCUUUUAUACGGUGUAUAUAUGGUUUACCGCCCAAGCCUAGUAUGAUGGAGAAAAUAUCAGCUGUUCAGGUGUUGUUGAGAGCCCUGUACAACUGCUAUCACUUCAAACUUCAGUGCGAGCUCUGACUCAGGUUGGACUUGUCUUUUCUCCCUCAGAACUCUGUCGCAUCGACGAGCCUCGGUGCCAUGAUGAGAAUAUCAUCCUCAGCUUCGAGGCGAUCCGCAGUAUCCACAAGCAGAUGGAUGACGAUGCUAAUGGCAAUGUGGACGUGUCAGAGACUGACGGGGUGAGUAGAACCACCAGGUUCCCUAUACAAUGUGGACGUGUCAGAGACUGACGGGGUGAGUAGAACCACCAGGUUCCCUAUACAAUGUGGACGUGUCAGAGACUGACGGGGUGAGUAGAACCACCAGGUUCCCUAUACAAUGUGGACGUGUCAGAGACUGACGGGGUGAGUAGAACCACCAGGUUCCCUAUACAAUGUGGACGUGUCAGAGACUGACGGGGUGAGUAGAACCACCAGGUUCCCUAUACACUGUGGGCGUGUCAGAGACUGACGGGGUGAGUAGAACCACCAGGUUCCCUAUACAAUGUGGACGUGUCAGAGACUGACGGGGUGAGUAGAACCACCAGAUUCCCUACUUCAUUACAUUUCAAUAGCAUUUGAUAGAUUACAGGUGUUUUCAUAGUGUGAUGUGUUGAAGAGGAUGUAGCUAGUUUACUGCAUGGCACCAGUCAGACCUGUCUAUGUGAGUCACAGAAAAGUGGCCUGAAGGUAUCAGUACUCUAAUCCCCUGUCAUCCACCAGCAGGGACUCCUUCCCAAGAUGGCCAUAGAUAAUGAGAUUAGUUAAUGGCUUCCUGGUAAUGGCGUUUAUUUUGCUAUUGAAGUAAGUGGUGGAUUUGUGCACUUCCUGGCCAGGCAUUCCUGCAGUCAGAGAGAGGUCAGGGCUGCUAAAAUGUAACCGAUGUGGUCUGCACUCCACUACCGUCCCCGUAGCAGGCUUCUUUCUCACACUGCAACCAGUAGGAGGGAAGCCACGGCCAGGCUGGGAGAGGAGAGGCCUGUAGGGCAGCCACGAACAGGCUGGGAGAGGACAGGAGAGGCCUGUAGGGCAGCCACGAACAGGCUGGGAGAGGACAGGCCUGCCUUGUAGCCUCCUGCCCCACCUCAGGAGGCUCUGUUCUGAGCUAGAGGUCUCUUCCUCUGCAGCAUCUUCUGCAGGGGCUGAGCAGUGUUAGAUGGAGACACUGGCUCUGGAUGAUGAUCCCUGAAGCAGCCAGCCGGUGAAUGAAGCACAUAUCUCUGGUGUCAGUCCUGGCUCAGAGCCAACACUGAGGAAGGCUGAACAAAACAUGUGGAGCGCUCAGACCAAAGCGCUCGGACCAAAGCAGCUCUGAUGCCUGGGCACUUCUUAGAUAAAUAAUAGGUUUUUCUGAUCAUGUUUCGGUACUUUAUUUUAUUAGGAUCCCCAUUAGCUGUUGCGAAAGCUUCCUGGGGUCCACACAAAACACGAAACAUGACAUAAUACAGAACAUUAAUAGACAAGAACAGGUCUAGGACAGAACUACAUACAUUUAAAAUAAGCUAAGAUAAUUGAAACAUCAUGACGCAACUAAAAAACACAUGAUGAACACACCAGACCAGGACUUUAAAAACAUCAGCUAUUUGGCUACAUUGUCAAUGAAACGGUAUGAUUUAUUGCCUGAUUGAUUUUGAGUUUCCGCCCUGUAUUGAAAACCUCCCACACUAAGCUAUGAAGAAGGAAAAUCAUCAUCAUGGCUUGUCCUGAGCCCGUGAUCGUUGAGCUGUUCUUUGUGGGGGCGUGCGUGUCGUACAGCAGCCAAGCUUCUUCCUCCCAGUGAUAACAGCAUGGGGGCUGGCUAGAGAUGGAUGAAACAUAAUGUCAGCUAAGCACUGUCGCUGCGCUGCUAUGCUUUUGCUCAAGAGAACUGGAGACACUCAAUGUGUUCGAUAUUACUUACAGUAGGCUCAUUAGAUUGAAAGAUUGGUUUAGAGUAGAAAGAGGAACACUUGAUUUCCUGUUUGUGUUCCUCAUCAUCAAAUUAUGUUUCCACACCUGUUCACAAUGGCGUUAUAGGUUUGUACUUUCCAUCACAGGUUUUCAGGCCAAUAAAUCUUCAGUGGAAAAUAUGACACAUGUACAUGCUCAAACCUAUAGAUCUUUAUUGAAAUUAACCUAUUAAGACAAUGUCUAGAUCUUAAUUGUCAUUCAAUCGUAAAAGGCCAUGUGUUUUCUAGCACCUUCCCAGAGUGUGGUGUGAGUAAAGCAUAGGGUUCCUUUAGUGCUAGAUCCAUACACACCUCUCUACUGCUUGUCAUGAACAUUGUGAUACUGUUACAAGGCUGGAUGCACACUGCAGGCAGGGGGAGGCUCAGGGCAUGCUUCUCUGUUGGUUAUUCUCUGUGCAUGCUGCACAUAUCUUUUUUAUCCUUCCCUGACUAAGCGAACACUUUGCAGUUUCCUAAGUCUACCUCAGCCUUGAUGAAACUGUUUGAUUCCUCUGCUCUGACAUCUAUAAUUGACAGGCCACAUAAUCCUUCUGGCUGAUUUGAUUGACACCUCUCUCCCCUUCUCUCUCUCUCUCCCCCAAUGUGACCCCGGUGACCUCCAGUUCCUAAGGGAGGACCUGAACUACCACGAUCCCAAAGCCAAGCACAACAGUUUCCACGGAGACGACCAGUUCAUCAGUGUGGAAGACCUGUGGAAUACCUGGAAGGGUUCUGAAGGUGCUGGAACUACACUGUAGUGUUACUGGAGCCUCCCACCCUGUCUCUACUCUCUACAGGCUAGCAGUACAAACAAGCCUGCCCUCCAGGCACGCUGCCUCACUCAGUGCAUCCGUUUGCAUAUAAGAGAGUCUCAGACAAUGAAUCUCAUUCAGUACACUGUGUUCUCUUCCCAGAGCUCUGCUCUGUCAGUCCAGCCCACCUCGUUUGAUGUCUCACCGCUGACUGACACUGUGUUAGCUAGAGUCCCUGUGCUCUGUCGGUUUUAGAGUACUGCAUUGUAUUUACAUUUGUAUCAUCAGUAAUUAGAUUUAGAUUGAAUGCUUAGAUGUUCUGUCUGGUGACUUUAUAGGUAAGGGAGAGUUUUUGCUGCUCAGCUUCUCUGCACUUAGGCUGCCCAACCAUCCCAGCCACAGCAGUCAAAUGUAUCAGCUGGUAUGCCAGCAUUGUCAAUUGAAGUGCAGACCACUUAGCAGCUCAAGCAUCCUGGCAGAGGGUGAUCAGUGGACCUGUCAUCACCACAUACACACACUCAGAUAACAACCAUCCACACUGACGUACCACCUACGCCUCCCUCUCCUUGUCCUGCUGGCAUUACACUCACUCUGUCACGUUAUCAUAUACCACUCAUGGCUUUUCAAAUCUAUCUCCCCUCUUUGUCCCUCACCUCUCCUUCCUCUCUUCACAUCUAUCCCCCCCCCCCCAGCUAGCUAGCUAGGCAGCAGCACAUUAACCCAGCUAGCUAGCUAGGCAGGAGCACAUUAACCCAGCUAGCUAGCUAGGCAGGAGCACAUUAACCCAGCUAGCUAGGCAGCAGCACAUUAACCCAGCUAGCUAGGCAGGAGCACAUUAACCCGACUAGCUAGGCAGGAGCACAUUAACCCAGCUAGCUAGGCAGGAGCACAUUAACCCGACUAGCUAGGCAGGAGCACAUUAACCCAGCUAGCUAGGCAGGAGCACAUUAACCCGACUAGCUAGGCAGGAGCACAUUAACCCAGCUAGCUAGCUAGGCAGGAGCACAUUAACCCAGCUAGCUAGGCAGCAGCACAUUAACCCAGCUAGCUAGGCAGCAGCACAUUAACCCGACUAGCUAGGCAGCAGCACAUUAACCCGACUAGCUAGGCAGCAGCACAUUAACCCGGCUAGCUAGGCAGCAGCACAUUAACCCGACUAGCUAGGCAGCAGCACAUUAACCCGACUAGCUAGGCAGCAGCACAUUAACCCGGCUAGCUAGGCAGCAGCACAUUAACCCGGCUAGCUGGGCAGCAGCACAUUAACCCGGCUAGCUAGGCAGCAGCACAUUAACCCGACUAGCUAGGCAGCAGCACAUUAACCCGACUAGCUAGGCAGCAGCACAUUAACCCGGCUAGCUAGGCAGCAGCACAUUAACCCGGCUAGCUAGGCAGCAGCACAUUAACCCGGCUAGCUAGGCAGCAGCACAUUAACCCGGCUAGCUAGGCAGCAGCACAUUAACCCGGCUAGCUAGGCAGCAGCACAUUAACCCGGCUAGCUAGGCAGCAGCACAUUAACCCGACUAGCUAGGCAGCAGCACAUUAACCCGGCUAGCUAGGCAGCCUGAGCCCACACCACACUGCUGCUGACUCCCUGCCAGUCCCAUCUCCCUUACCCCGGCUUUUAUUGAGAGAUGGCCAACGUGUGUAGCUACAUUUAACAGUGUGUUAUGAUAGAGGAUAACUCUAAGGGAUUCUGGAUACACUCGUCUCACGGCGACACUCAUAAGAUAUAAAGCAGAAUCACAGUUCUCUCUCUGUGUGUGGGUCGGCGUUGGCUCAAGGUUGGCAUACAACCAGUGAUGGGGAUUACUGAGGCUCAUCUGAACCGGUCUUUAGAGAGAGAUUUGAGAAGCAAGGAUAGUGUGGUAAUAUUAUGUUUGUGUAUUGCAGUGUACAACUGGACAGUGGACGAUGUGGAGAAGUGGCUCACCUACUUGGAGCUGCCACAGUAUGUGGACGCCUUCCGCAAGAUGCACUUCAACGGCACUGUCAUGCCCAGGUAAGUUAACCCAUAGGGUCCUUCAUACUAACCCUCCUGUUCUCGCUCUCUUCCUCAAUGUUCCUGUGACUGCACUGCAGAGUCUCAAUCUGUCUGUCUGUUCCCUCAGGCUGGCUGUGAAGAACACCACUCUGACGGUGACCAUUCUGAAAAUGCUGGAUCGCAGCCAUGUUCAGAAGCUGCAGCUCAAGGCCCUGGACGUUGUGCUGUUCGGAGCCCCGCUCAGUAAGUGGAUUAUUAUUCUUUACAAUUCCAUUACAUGACGUAUUAGUGUUCGUAGUGUGUUUAUCUUUUAUUCAGACUGAUAAAGGAGAAUUGCUGUUGCAUUCUGAUGCGACUGUUUGUGAAUGUAAUUAUGAGAGGAAGAACAGUGUCUGCUCUGUUUGUCUCUCCAAAGGGAGACAGUUGGUUAAAAAAAAAAAUAACUCCAAACUGUGUUCAUUAGUCUCAAGCAGCAUCUUGGCAGUGCUGGAAAAUGCUAGUUCUUAUCAAGUUUCAAGUUUUAAUAUCACAUGCACCACAUGUACAGUGAAAUUCCUUUCUCGCAAGCUCUAAACCCAACAAUGCAGUAAUCAAUAACAAUGUAAUACUCAAAAUAACAUAAGGUCGAACAAAAACACACAAUAAAUAAAAAUAAGCCCCUCCCCCUAUAUGUUUAGCUAGUAAUCAUCUAGGACUACCUGCAGUCAGACUUCUUGCUUCAGCACAAAACACAGUGAAUCAGUAUGAUCCAUUUAAAUUCUGCUACACUGUCCGUUGAUAAAUAACAUGAACUAUGAGGUUCACCGGGGUUACUGUAAGGCCAGAAAUCAGAAACCACCAUGCUUUCCUCUAAAGGAAGUGAAACCCUCUUUAGGAAGGUUUUCUGUGGUGCUCUGUGUGUGCCAUACCAAAAGCCAGCCUGUUCCAGAAUGAGCAGAGAGAGAGCAGGACUAUUAAAGAGGAAGUGAGUUGAUGCUCAGGCUGAGCUACUCUAUAUUCUAACAGAUAAACACUCCACACCUCUAGGGCCCUAUAAAAUCACACCUGUCUUGCGCACUGAGACAAACACACCACACCUCUAUAAAAUCUGCAUUGCGGAUGGAAUCACAGAAUACAGACAUUAAAAUGGAAUUCAACUCUUUUUUUUUUUUUUUUACUGAAAGUAGUAGGAAAUCAACUAAAUGUAUUGAACUUAUUAGAAAAUUCAUAAAUUUUCCCAAGUUCAUCAUAAGACAUUAACAAAAUGCAUCAGUGAUUUGUAUUUUCCUGCAACGUUUUGAAACAGCAUAAGAAUGCUCCUGUCUGUGUGCACGUAUGUCUACAAUUUAUGUAGCUGCUAGCGAUGAUGCUUAUGAUAACCUUUUUCUAGUAGAGAUGGAAAGGCUUUCCCAAAAACCUUCUCAAUUAAAUGUUAACUAUAAAGUAGCCAAUGCCUACCUGGAUUAUUUUCAUAAAUCCAGUGGCCAUUUUGGUUUGCAAACUCUGCAAUCACAUGAGCGCUACAGGAACAUCGCUAACCAAACCACGGUCUCUUGCUGGUGCACACUUGCAUUAACGAGGUGCAUGUCCUAACCUGGCGCUAAGUCAUACCAGUAAUGGAGUUUUAAAAGGACCUGCACUGUGUGAAAGCCGUUAGACAUGAUAGGAAACAGAACAUGUCCGUUCUAGUUAUGUGGAGCAUGAUCAGUCCUUCCUACAGCAACCCUGGGCCUGGUUAAGCAGGAAGAACACAGCACUAGGUUCCUGCCAGCUAUCUCACAGUGACAUAUUUCAGCCUGUUGCAGCAUGAAUCUCUAGUCCCCAGAGGCUCCUGCUGUAUCAGUGGUUGGUACUGUAGUUACACCAGUUUCCCCCAUUGUUUUCCUACUGUAAAUGUAUGGCAUUCUGUUGGUCAUACCCUGUCAGACUGGUGCUGGGACUUGGGAGAUCCUGCUGAUGGAAUGUCACCAUCAGACAAGGUGGUUCCUGGGAAUCGUACCAGGGACGGAGAACCUGAUGGCUCACAUUCUGGGGUUGCACCACAGACUGAUUGUGUGUGUGGAGGGUGGUGUUGGGCCCUCCACUUUUUUUUUCUCCCAAGUUUUUCCAGGUUUCAGUUUUCUAUUUUUGGGUGUAGAACAAGAAUCCGUGAUUAAGUUAUGUAAGGAAACCAGAAUAUUAAUGUCGCCUUGGGCUUCCUCUGGCCUUGAAGUUCUGUCUGCUCUGCUCUCCAUACUAGAGGUUGCAGCAGCAGCAGCAGGAUAAGGGAGAGUUAGGGGUCUGUGUCUGGCAUGUGUCAUUGUGUGUGUUUAGUGAAGAGUCUCAGCUGGAGGAAGAGAGGGGGUCGUCUGGACAUGACAGCCCCGGGCAGAAAGCCACAGGUCCUGCUGAUAGUCACACAGACUGUCUGUGCACACUAGCAGCAUUUUAAGACACCUUUCACAAUGGGCCACAUCAGAAAUGGACACUUCUCCUUAUCUUGUCUUAAUGGCUGACACAUUUACCAAAGGGGAACCAUUCCAUAGCGCUGUUUACAACUUAUUACAUGCAACUGUAGUGUUCACCUGAAGGAUAACAUAAAAAUACAGAUUUGAGCCAAGUCAUUCCCAGUCUAAUGGUCAGUUAAACAUGUCACUUUGGACUUUCUAGCCAACAUUCCUGCUAAUCAGCGACGUGUUUUCAGAGAAAGAAAAAGCUAAUGGAAUGUGUUAGCUAGAGAAAAAGACCUACAUGUACAGUGCAUUCGGAAAGUAUUCAGACCACUUGACUUUUUCCACAUUUUGUUACGUUACAGCCUUAUUCUAAAAUUGAUUAAAUAAAUAAAAACAUCCUCAGCAAUCUACACACAAUACCCCAUAAUGACAAAGCAAAAACAAGUUUUUUUGAAAGUUUUGCAAACUUAUUACAAAUAAAAAACAGAAAUAGCUUAUUUACAUAAGUAUUCAGAUCAUUUGCUAUGAGACUCAAAAUUGAGCUCAGGUGCAUCCUGUUUCCAUUGAUCGUCCUUGAGAUGUUUCUACAACUUGAUUGGAGUCCACCUGUGGCAAAUUAAAUUGCUUGGAAAUGAUUUGGAAAGGCACACACCUGUCUAUAAGGUCCCACAGUUGACAGUGCAUGUCAGAGCCAAAACCACGGAAUUGUCCGUAGAGCUCCGAGACAGGAUUGUGUCGAAGCACAGAUCUGGUGAAGGGUACCAAAAACAUUCUGCAGCAUCGAACAUCUCUGGAGAGACCUGAAAAUAGCUGUGCAGCAACGCUCCCCAUCCAACCUGACAGAGCUUGAGUUGAUCUGCAGAGAAGAAUGGGAGAAACUCCCCAAAUACAGGUGUGCCAAGCUCGUAGCGUCAUACCCAAGAAGACUGGAGGCUGUAAUCGCUGCCAAAGGUGCUUCAACAAAGUAUUGAGUAAAGGGUCUGAAUACUUAUGUAAAUGUGAUAUUUCAGUUUUUUGUAUUUUGAUAAAUUAGCAAGUAUUUCAAAAAUGUUUUUGCUUUGUCAUUAUGGGGUAUUGUGUGUGGAAUUUCUAUACAUUUUUGGAUACGGCUGUAACCUAACAAAAUGUGGAAAAUUUCAAGGGGUCGCCAGAACAGCCACCAGAACAGCUUCAAUGCGCCUUGGCAUAUAUUCUACAAGUGUCUUGAACUCUAUUGGUGGGAUGUGACGCCAUUUUUCCAUGAGAAAUUCCACCAUUUGGUGUUGAUGGUGGUGGAAAAAGCUGUUUCAGGAGCCGCUCCAGAAUCUCCCAUAAGUGUUCAAUUGGAUCUGGUGACUGAGACACACACACACAUCCUUUAAACCCCCUAUGCUCCUUUGAGACCCCUCUUUCAAAGUCACCGAGAUCUCUUCUUCUAGCCAUUGUAGCUGAAAUAAUGGGCAACUGGGCAUUUUUACACAUGACCCUAAGCAUGAUGGGAUGUUCAGUUGCUUAAUUAAGUCAGGAACCACACCUGUGUGGAAUCAUCUGCUUUCAAUAUACAUUGUAUCCCUCAUUUACUCAAGUGUUUCAUUAUUCUGGCAGUUACCUGUUUUAUGCUGGCAGUUACUGGUACAUGUUUGUGUGUGUUGAAAUGGUUGUAUUCGACCACCAGUAAUUAAACUAUAGCAACAGGAGAUUUAAAGGAUUUAGUUGUGGAGUAUGACCUUAAGGAUAAUAUAUUCCUCUGCAGUGUCUGGUCUUCCACGGAUUAAGAGUUGUAUUCUAAUGCUGCAGACCCACGGCAAAUUGAGCGUGAAGAGGCUGAAAUUAAAUUUCAUGACAACGCGAGAGGGAGUUGUUUUCCUGCGGGAGGGAACGGAUGAUUGGCCUGAUGUACACUAUACAGACCAGUCAAAAGUUUGGACACACCUACUCAUUCCAGGGUUUUUCUUUAUUUUUACUAUUUUCUACAUUGUAGAAUAAUAGUGAAGACAUCAAAACUAUGAAAUAACACAUGGAAUCAUGUAGUAACCAAAAAAGUGUUAAACAAAUCAAAAUAUUUUAUUUGAGAUUCUUCAAAGUAGCCACCCUUUGCCUUGAUGACAGCUUUGCACACUCUUGGCAUUCUCUCAACCAGCUUCAUAAGGUAGUCACCUGGAAUGCAUUUCAAUUAACAGGUGUGGCUUGUAAAAAGUUAAUUUCUGGAAUAUAUUUCCUUCUUAAUGUGUUUUAGCCAAUCAGUUGUGUUGUGACAAGGUAGGGGUGGUAUACAGAACAUAGCCCUAUUUGGUAAAAGACCAAGUCCAUAUUAUGUCAAGAACAGCUCAAAUAAGCUAAGAGAAACAACAGUCCAUCAUUACUUUAAGACGUGAAGGUAAGUCAAUCCGAAAAAUGUCAACUUUUAACGUUUCUUCAAGUGCAGUCGCAAAAACCAUCAAGCGCUAUGAUGAAACUGGCUCUCAUGUGGACUGCCACAGGAAAGGAAGACCCAGAGUUACCUCUGCUGCAAAGGAUAAGUUCAUUAGAGUUACCAGCCUCAGACAUUGCAGCCCAAAUAAAUGCUUCACAGAGUUCAAGUAACAGACACCUCUCAACAUCAACUGUUCAGAGGAGACUGCGUGAAUCAGGUUUUCAUGGUCGAAUUGCUGCAAAGAAAUCACUGCUAAAGGACACCAAUAGGAAGAAGAGACUUGCAUGGGCCAAGAAACACAAACAAUGGACAUUAGACCAGUGGAAAUCUGUCCUUUGGUCUGUUGAGUCCAAAUUUGAGAUUUUUGGCUCCAACCGUCGUGUCUUCGUGAGACGCAGAGUAGGUGAACUGAUGAUCUCUGCAUGUGUGGUUCCCGCCGUGAAGCAUGGAGGAGGAGGUGUGAUGGUGUGGGGGUGCUUCGCUGGUGACACUGUCUGUGAUUUAUUUAGAAUUCAAGGCACACUUAACCAGCAUGGCUUCCACAGCAUUCUGCAGCGAUACGCCAUCCCUUCUGGUUUGCGCUUAGUGGGACUCUCUCAUUUGUUUUUCAACAGGUCAAUGACCCAACACACCUCCAGGCUGUGUAAGGGCUACUUGACCAAGAAGGAGAGUGAUGGAGUGCUGCAUCAGAUGACCUGGCCUCCACAAUCACCCGUCCUCAGCCCAAUUGAGAUGGUUUGGGAUGAGUUGGACCGCAGAGUGAAGGAAAAGCAGCCAACAAGUGCUGAACAUAUGUGGGAACUCCUUCAAGACUGUUGGAAAUGCAUUUCAGGUGCAGCUAGUUGAGAGAAUGCCAAGAGUGUGCAAAGCUGCCAUCAAGGCAAAGGGUGGCUACUUUGAAGAAUCUCAAAUAUAAAAUAUUUUGAUUUGUUUUAUACUUUUUUGGUUACUAUAUUCCAUGUGUUAUUUAAUAGUUUUGAUGUCUUCACUAUUAUUCUACAAUGUAGAAAAUAGUAAAAAUAAAGGAAAAACCCUGGAAUGAGUAGGUGUGUCCAAACUUUUGACUGGUACUGUAUUUACAAAAGUAUGUGGACACCUCUUCAAAUUAGAGGGUUUGUCUAUUUCAGACACACCCGUUGCUGACAAGUAUAUAAAAUCGAGCACACAGCCAUGCAAUCUCUAUAGAAAAACAUUUCUGGAGUGGUGUAAAGCCUGCCACCAUUGGACUCUGGAGCAGUGGAAACGCGUUCUCUGGAAUGAUGAAUCACGCUUCGCCAUCUGGCAGUCCGACGGAUUAAUCUGGUUUUGGCGGAUGCCAGGAGAACGCUACCUGCCUGAAUGCAUAGUGCCAACUGUAAAGUUUGGUAGAGGAGGAAUAAUGGUUUGGUGCUGUUUUUCAUGGUUCGGUCUAGGCCCUUUAGUUCCAGUGAAAGGAAAUCUUAACUCUUCAGCAUGCAAUUACAUUCUAGACGAUUCUGUGCUCCCAACUUUGUGGCAACAGUUUGGGGAAGGCUCUUUCUUGUUUCAGCAUGAAAAUGCCCCCGGUCACAAAGCGAGGUCCAUACAGAAAUGGGUUGUCGAGAUUGGUUUGGAAUAACUUGACUGGCCUGCACAGAGCCCUGACCUUAUUUGAAAUGAUUCUGUUUUUGUCAAAUACCGUAUCUGUUUGGGAUUCUUGCGGUCAAUUUGCAGUGUAUUUAUAACUAUGUUCCGGCCCCACGACCAUCCGCACAUGGAAAAAUAUGCCCACGGACCCCUGCCCUAGAGCUUUAUAGCCAAGCUAGUUCCCCCUCGUAUUGUUUUCCUGGUUGCUGUAUCGUUGGUCUGACUCCAGUGUAGUCAUAAAUGUACACCGCUAUCCGGCCAAUUUCCACUGUCAAUGGCCAACUGUGUUUGUACUAGGAUUUUGUAGGCAAGACUGCAAGAGCCCACACAGAGCUCUUGACUGAUGACAGAGGGCAAGCAAACAUUGCCGGCCUAAUGAUGAGCACAUCACCCUACAUCAAUACUCAAUGUCGGUGACAUGAAAGGGAGCCUUGUGUCAGGGGGAGGUUGUUUUUCUGUGAGGCGGAGGGAGGUCUUUGUUCCAUGUCAGUAACAGCCAGAGAGAGCUUAGUGUGUAAGGCUUGUCUGUAAGUUGGCACGCCCUCUAUGAGCCUGUAAAGAGACAUGCCAGGCCCAGGCUUUAGCGGACACUUAGCUCCACUUCCUCUCUUGUUUCACUCCAGGACAUAAGUGCUGUGUUUGCUAAGAGGUUAUGCUAUGUGUUUGCGUAGAUCUUAUCCCUUUCCAGGCCCUACGGCGGCUCGCCUUCACAGCUUUUAAGAGAACGGGUUUUGUAAUCCUCUGUCUCUCUGUGCUUUAAGGAUGCUGGAUCAUGUUUAUGGCCUUGUGGCUCAUUUUACAUGAGGGUUAGUUGCUGCCUGCCUGGCUGGCUGACGUGCUGGUGGUGACUGAGGAAUGGGACUGUUCUGAAUCCCUUAGGAUGGCUACAUUAUGACAGAGGACAUUCACACUUCUACCCGGGCCGAGCCCCCCCCCCAGAGGACGUUCACACCUCACUACCCGGGCUGAGCCGCUCGCCCAGAGGACAGGAAGUGUGAGACAGUGGCUGUCCGGGCCGGGGGUUUGAUUCGUCACCUCAUGUAAAUGUAAACUCCCAUGCCCUCGUGUUCUCGACGUGUUGUUCAUCAGCGUCUGUUAGCAGACUGUACAUAGUGUGUUCAUCUGCCUUUAUCCUGGUCUUUUGGCCUGGUGCCUCCUCAACUCAACCCACUACUACCACACAUCUCUAUUGGAGAGACCUCGCCACAGUACAGUACCAUGACAUCAAUUCAUUCACUUUCACACUUUCACAUCAUUAGUUCACCACCAAUGAGUUUUCUGGAUGAAGGGACAAUCAGGAAAAUGUUACUGUCGUACAAUGUGUACUAUUCUUUUAAAGGGAUACUUCAGGAUUUUGGCAAUGAAGCCCUUUAUCUACUUCCUCAGAGUCAGAUGAACUCAUGGAUACCAUUUUGUGUCUGCAUCCAAUAUGAAGGAAGUUGGAGGUAGUUUUGCGAGCCAAUGCUAACUAGCGUCAGCGCAAUAACUGGAAGUCUAUGGUAUCUACUUGCAUGCUAGCAGUUACCAUAGACUUCUAGUCAUUGCGCUAAUGCUAGGGGAAGUAGAUAAAGGGCUUCAUUGCCAGAAUCCUGAAGUAUCCCUUUAACCUAACACUUCUGUCUCUCCCCAGUGAACAGACAUAACCACCUGAAGGACUUCAUGCUGGUGGUUUCCAUAGUGAUGGGCAUUGGAGGCUGCUGGUUCGCCUACAUCCAGAACCGCUACUCCAAGGACCACAUGAAGAAGAUGAUGACGGACUUGGAUGGCCUACAGAGGGCUGAACAGAGUCUGCAUGAUCUACAGAAGAAGUGAGUUUGUCUUUCCCUUCAGCCACUGUACCAGGAGGAAGCAGGCCCAUGUAAGCCCAUAGAAUUAGAGUGACUGACUGUGUUAUGUCUUUCUAAAAUUCUAAUGGAGCCUCAUUUUUCUGCUGGUGUUUCAUAGUAUCAGCCAGUUCCAUGCUGUUGUUGUUUUUGGUACUAAUCUAGGCUUUCUACUUUCUAUUAGGCCUGCUUCAUUAGCAGGUGAAUCAUAUUGGUUUGAUGUCGUGAUACAAAUUUGGGGACAGUCAGUGUCCAUUUUGUCAGGAAUUAGCAGCUUCAACACGUUUUCAGGUUUGUCAUGUUGGGAGGCCAAUCCAUGAUGCAACAGAAACAGGAGGCGGAGGUUUCACUGUUCUGAGGCCAUCAGUUGAGUUCCUCAUUCUAGAGAUUUUGUGUUUAUUAGGAUCCCCAAUUAGCUGCUGCAGCGGCUACUCUUCCUGGGGUCCAAACUUUUGCUGCAGUCAUUACGUGAGAGGACAAAAAAUCUAUGGAACAGCAGUGAUCUCUAUGGAACAGCAAUGAAUUUCAUCUGAACUAAGUCUCACAGCUGAUCACAAGAGGGACUUGGUGUCAACUGUCCAUGGAUUUUUGUUUUUUUAAUGAUUAUUCUGCAAACACCUUUUGAAAUCUGAGCUAGCAUAUGUUUGUGGUUUGGCUCAGAGAGAGAAACUGAAGUCUUUGAAUUCUCCCAUUGGGGUCUAGUGGAAGUAGAGCUCAACUCCCCUUCCUCCUCUGUGGCCCUCUCUCUCUGGCCUCUGUCCUGGUCCUGUCACUACAGUAUCACGACUGUCUCCCGCUAGUAUUAUAGUACCCCGCACAGCUGCUUUGGUUGGGUGUUUGUGUGUCGUGACAGGGGAGCAGGAAGUAUGUCUCGCAGUACAGUGUAGUGAGCCUGUUGAAUACAGACCAACAGGCUCAUUCCCCGUUCCAUGGCAUGGGGACAAGCCAGGAGGUUCACACUCUUUUCCCCUGGCAGGAGGGUCACACUCUUUUUUUCCCCUGGAAGGAGGGUCACACUCUUUUCCCCUGGCAGGAGGGUUACACUCUUUUUUCCCCUGGAAGGAGGGUGCAACUCUUUUUCCCCUGGAAGGAGGGUGCAACUCUUUUUCCCCUGGCAGGAGGGUGCAACUCUUUUUCCCCUGGCAGGAGGGUGCAACUCUUUCCCCUGACAGUAGGCUCCAGCUCUUUCCCCUGGCAGACAGACUGCCUGGCUGUCCUCCCCUUUUUAAUGGUGCAGUCUAGGUUUGGUUGAUAUACCGUAUACCGGGGUAUUUAGAAAUACAGACGGCACGAUUUUCAAUACUGUUUUAAAAAGUGCUACGCCACUGGUUAUAACUACAAGUUACGUAUAACUAUAAGAAAUCUAAGAUAUGUCAAAUAAAUUAUAUCCAGCUCAGGGCUCCAGCUAUGCAUUUGGAUGGCUUUCUAGCUAAGCCCGACCCUACUGUAGUCUCUUGCCUUGUCAUUUCUGCCAUUAGCACUGACUAUAUCCAUGCUUUCUUACGGCAUUAUGGAGGUGGAUCAUUUUCACAUCCUCCUGCUCAUUUAUGGCUCAGUCAUGCUGACUCGUACACACAGAGUAUCUAGGCCUCUUAUCCUUGACACACAUUCCCACUACAACUAGCUGACUCCUACAGUGAGUGUCCUUGAUGUAGGCCACAGGAGGAUGCUGACUGGAGGACAGCUCAUAAAAAUGUCCGGAAUGGAGCAAAUGGAAUGGCGUCAAACACCUGGAAACCAUGUGUUUGUAUUUGAUACCGUUCUACUUAUUCCACUCCAGCCAAGCUUGUCCUCCCCAAUUAAGGUGUCACCAACCUCCUGAAAUGUAGGCCUACUAAUCCACCAACCUAGCCUAGCCACAAUCUGCUGUCCUUGCUACCAGGUCAUUGAUUCUGCAUGGGGUGUCCUGUGUGUGUUCCAUAGCCUUGCUAGCAGAGAGCAUUACCGGGGCUGUGUCCUCUGCUGUGCUGAGAGGAGAGCGGCCUUGGAACAGAGUCAUGUUAUGCCUCUAUUGACGUCCCUCUCUCCCCAGACAGAAACUUUGUAUAUCAUAUCCUGCCAGUUGGGUACAGGGGUUAGUAAUGCCCGCCCCGUUCAUUCACUGUGAUAGUAAAACAUCUCUGCAAUUCCUCACGCCACGCCACAAUGUCGUCUGUGUUUAAAUCUAUCUCAUCUCCUGCUGUGGGACAUUCAGAUGAGGCUGGGGAUAUACAACCGCUCUGCUGCAACUCUCUGAAACACGUAGUGACAGUUGUUUCUUAUAAAGCACAAUAAUGUGAAGUGCCAAUUAGAUAUACAGUGCCUUGCAAAAGUAUUCAUCCCCCUUGGCAUUUUUCCUAUUUUGUUGCAAUACAACCUGUAAUUUAAAUGGAUUUUUAUUUGGAUUUCAUGUAAUGGACAUACACAAAAUAGUUCAAAUUGGUGAAGUGAAAUGAAAAACAUAACUAACGGAAAAGUGGUGCGUGCAUAUGUAUGAAGCCCCUAAAUAAGAUCUGGUGCAACCAAUUACCUUCAGAAGUCACAUAAUUAGUUAGAAUUGCACACAGGUGGACUUUAUUUAAGUGUCACAUGAUCUGUCACAUGAUCUCAGUGUAUAUAUACACCUGUUCUGAAAGGCCCCAGAGUCUGCAACACCACUAAGCAAGGGGCACCACCAAGCAAGCGGCACCAUGAAGACCAAGGAGAUCUCCAAACAGGUCAGGGACAAAGUUGUGGAGAAGUACAGAUCAGGGUUGGGUUAUAAGAAAAUAUCAGAAACUUUGAACAUCCCACGGAGCACCAUUUUAAAUCCAUUAUAAAAAAUUGAAGAAUAUGGCACCACAACAAAGCUGCCAAGAGAGGGCCGCCCACCAAAACUCACGGACCAGGCAAGGAGGGCAUUAAUCAGAGCGGCAACAAAGAGACCAAAGAUAACCCUGAAGGAGCUGCAAAGCUCCACAGCGGAGAUUUGGAGUAUCUGUCCAUAGGACCACUUUAAGCCGUACACUCCACAGAGCUGGGCUUUACGGAUGAGUUGCCAGAAAAAAAAAGCUAACACGUUUGGUGUCCGCCAAAAGCCAUGUGGGAGACUCCCCAAACAUAUGGAAGAAGUUACUCUGGUCAGAUGAGACUAAAAUUGAGCUUUUUGGCCAUCAAGGAAAACGCAAUGUCUGGCACAAAUCCAACACCUCUCAUCACCCCGAGAACACCAUCCCCACAGUGAAGCAUGGUGGUGGCAGCAUCAUGCUGUGGGGAUGUUUUUCAUUGGCAGGGACUGGGAAACUGGUCAGAAUUGAAGGAAUGAUGGAUGGCGCUAAAUACAGGGAAAUUGUUGAGGGAAACCUGUUUCAGUCUUCCACAGAUUUGAGACUGGGACGGAGGUUCACCUUCCAGCAGGACAAUGAACCUAAGCAUACUGCUAAAGCAACACUUGAGUGGUUUUAGCGGAAACAUUUAAAUGUCUUGGAAUGGCCUAGUCAAAGCCCAGAUCUCAAUCCAAUUGAGAAUCUGUGGUAUGACUUAAAGAUUGCUGUACACCAGCGGAACCCAUCCAACUUGAAGGAGCUGGAGCAGUUUUGCCUUGAAGAAUGGGCACAAAUCCCAGUGGCUAGAUGUGCUAAGCUUAUAGAGACAUACCCCAAGGGACUUGCAGCUGUAAUUGCUGCAAAAGGUGGCUCUACAAAGUAUUGACUUUGGGGGGGUGAAUAGUUAUGCACACUCAAGUUUUCUGUUUUCCUGUCUUAUUUCUUGUUUGUGUCACACAAAAAACAUAUUUUGGAUCUUUAAAGUGGUAGGCAUGUUGUGUAAAUCAAAUGAUACAAACCCCCCAAAAAUCUAUUUUAAUUCCAGGUUGUAAGGCAACAAAAUAGGAAAAAUGCCAAGGGGGGCGAAUACUUUCGCAAGCCACUGUAUAUAUAUUUUCAGAGGCAUUGCGAUAGCUCAUGCAUACUAGGUAAUGUGCGUGCAGUUUUGUAUUGUUGCUGUUUUGUGGUUUUACCUAUGGGGUUAUAGACCUUCGUCUACAGUUGUUAUUCCAGAGCAAACCAGAGCAUUGACAGUUCCAUUGACAUUGAGAUGCCUGCUACCCUCCUGUUAAACACUUGUUACUGUAACAGUGAAUGGGAGCAUACAGACUGACUGUGUGGGAGUGGUGGGACAGGUCAGCAUGUCUCCUAUGUGAGCCCUGUAAUGGAGGCAGGGGAAGAGAACAUGCAAGACGGUGUGACUUGGUGUGACUGGGUGGACAGGCUGGCAUGUCUCUUGUGCUCUCCCGGGGAGCUGGGGAGAGGGGUCAUGUCCUCUGUGUCUUUUAGCCGUGCCUGCUUCCUGAUCCUUGCUGCCAGCUGCUGUCUGGCCAGACCUUCAAGGGAGAUCCUGUGGCCGGAUCAAAAUCGCCUGGCCCAAGCCUCAGACUUCCGUUUUAACUGAGGGUGGACAGAGGUAGGGUGGGGGGGGGGGGGCUCUCCCAGGAGCUGUAGGCCUAUUUCACCUUGUGUUUACUCUGGGUGCCUUUUAACAACACCAGCUGGUGCCAGGCGGUACCUCUUUACACGCUUUACAUGUCACCUCCACCGCUUACGCACUCCCAUGUGGACGGAGGUGUGGUGUAGUGGGUGUGCUGUAUGCAGGACAAGGACAGGUCUCUACUAAACAGGAUCAAUAAAUGACAUGGUUGAUGGAUAUUACGCUCAUACACCUCCUAUAUAUGACUCUGGAUAGGUAAACUGUGCUAAUGUAUCCUCCAAACACCGGCUUCGAGGGCAUUAUCACUUUUAUACAAUGGGUUACCAACAUAUUCAAAUAAUGAUUGACAUAUUUUCAUUAAAAACGUUAUUUUGAUUAAUUUAUUCAUACUAUUUCAUCCUUCCACAAGAUAUAGUCCCGACACAAAUCUAGGGUUGCUAUCCAAGCCGGCUGGUCGUCCGUUCUAUCGGUUCCUUUGCCAGAGACGCGACCCAGUCAUUCAGUCUUUUUGUUCUGUAUCUAUAGAUCCAGUCGUUUAUUCUAAAUGUACCAUUACCAUACUGGCUGGCAAUAUUCUUAACCCUUGCUUGCUAGCUAGCCAACUACAGCUAACUUACAGUCACGUCAAAUAGUGUAGCCAGAAUAACAGCAAAGUAGCUGCAUUUGCAUUUGUUUAAGCUGUUUUCCAAUGAGAAUUAUUUGGAUACAUCCAUAACAAUGAGCUAAUGAGGCGCGAUUUCGCCUGGCAUAGAAAAUGUGCUCACUUGUCAGGACACUGUUGUUCAGAGGAGCUAGCCAACCGCACAAUCACAAUCAAUCACUUCAAACUGAAGCUGGAAAGACUGCAAACUAGCUGCACUUCGUUUUGUUUGACCUUUUUUGAAUUGACAUUUCUUUGUAUUCAGACCCCUUCACUUUUUCCAUAUUUUGUUAUGUUACAUCUUUUAUUUUAUUUACAAUUGUUUUUAUUUAAACCCCUUUUUCUCCCCAAUUUCGAUCUUGUCUCAUCGCUGCAAUUCCCCAACGGGCUCAGGAGGCGAAGGUCGAGUCAUGCGUCCUCCGAAACAUGAAAAGCCUAACCGCGAUUUUUAACACCAGCCCGCUUAACCCAGAAGCCAGCUGCACCAAUGUGUCGGGGGAAACACCGUUCAACUGAUGACCGAGGUCAGCCUGCAGGCACCCGGCCCGCCACAAGGAGUCGCUAGAGCGCGAUGAGCCAUGUAAAACCCCCCCAGCCAAACCGUCCCCUAAGUUGUUACAGCCUAUCCUAAAAUGGAGAGAAGAAAGGGAGAAACUCCCCAAAUACAGGUGUGCCAAGCUUGUAGCGUCAUACCCAAGAAGACUCGAGACUGUAAUCGCUGCCAAAGGUGCUUCAACAAAGUACUGAGUAAAGGGUCUGAAUACUUAUGUAAAUGUGAUAUUUCAGUUUUUUAUUUUUUAUUAAUUUGCAAAAAUUUCUAAAAAACUGUUUUUGCUUUGUCAUUAUGGGGAAUUGUGUGUAGAUUAAUGAACAAAAAAAAUAACAUAAUCCACUUUAGAAUAAGGCUGUGACGUAAAAAAAUGUGGAAAAAGUGAAGGGGUCUGAAUACUUUCCGAAUUAUGCCAGUUGAUCCAUGAUUUAGACUGGCUGAGAAACGCUGACUGUCUGUCUCGUCACUACUCCCAACACGUUCAUUACUACGGGACAGCUGGAGAUCAAAUUUAAAUAUAAGAACAAUGUUGCAAAUGUCGGAGAGACAGACAGCAAGGUUUAUACAAAUCUCCGCUGUUAAACUAAAUGUUAGUCUAAAAUAAAUGUGAGAUAAUGUCUAGAUGCUUUUUUAUAGUGAAGAUAAAGUUUAUAAAUUGCCUGGCUGGGCUGAUGAGACAGUGGAUUGCGCAGUCAGAUGGAACCGAGUAAAUGGGCAUUUUAACGUCUUAGAUUUAGCCGGUGGUAACUUGUGGAAAAGACACCGGCUGGAAUGCGGUUUUAAGCAAUCAGCAUUCAGGAUUAGACCCACCCGUUGUAUAAACGUGUGUGUGUGUGUAUAUAUAUCCACAUUCUACUGCUGCUGCUCAUAUUCCAGUUGCUCAUAAAUGACAUUGAUUUAAAACUAGUCUCACUCAUAGGAAUGCUAUUCAUGAAAAUCUAUACCAGCCCAGUCAGCCUGGAGGUGCUGAGCUGGUGCUGCAAAUAGGCUUUGAUGAUGUUCGCUUGUACAGUACAUAAGUCCUUUGUUGGACCCUGCAGUGCGGUGCUGUGGGGCUGAGAGUCCGCAUUGUUCUGCCUGCCCUGCCGUUGUUGCUGCUGGAGCUGUGGCUAGUGAAUGGUCAGAGCGUUAGUGAGAAGGCCCACUGCCCACGUUCCAUCCUCAGAUCCCUGGAUCACCUUUCACUGUUGCCUAGCUACCCAUCCACAUCUUCUCCAUGAUUGGUCUGGAUUUGCCUCCCUGACAAUUUCUAGAAUGUGCAACACAUUCUGACCAUUCUGAUUGGUCCCAGAAACCGAUGGGUUGGGCCAGAGCCAACCUUACAUGAUGACGUUUUCAACUUCAACUCUCUGGUUAGAUUUGUUAGACGAUCGAAUCGCUGAUGAAUUUGUUUUGCAUAACGCUCCCCUCAUUUUGAAAUGAAGUCACACAAACAACAUGUAGGAUGGCAGAUUCAGACUGAAUGUAUGUAGCGAUCAAUAGAGCAGCGGUAUUAAAUUCAGGGUGAUUGGUCAGGCUACUCUUGACUGCAGCUCUCUGCCACCUCUACCUCGGGUGGGAGGAGGCUGCUCUCUGGUGGUGUAAAACAGCAUUCUCUCAACCUCAACUCACGCCCUGUAAAACCUGUUCUCAGACUUACUGAUAGAUUUUGUAACUCAUGCGGAUACUCCAUGGAUUCAGGUUAAUUUAUAUCAAUUGAAAUGCUGUUCAUAAUUUCAAUGCACCAAUUCUGAUCAGAUAUUGAUCAUCUCAAACAUAUGAUGUGAUCUCUUUAAAACAUAGCAGCCUAGGCUGUAUACAAGAUAAAGCAGUCUCUCUGUGGAUUACAUAAAUAUCUACAGUCCUAUCUCUCCUGGUGGAUCACAUGAAUAUCUACAGUCCUAGCUCUCCUGGUGGAUUACAUGAAUAUCUACAGUCCUAUCUCUCCUGGUGGAUCACAUGAAUAUCUACAGUCCUAUCUCUCCUGGUGGAUCACAUGAAUAUCUACAGUCCUAGCUCUCCUGGUGGAUUACAUGAAUAUCUACAGUCCUAUCUCUCCUGGUGGAUCACAUGAAUAUCUACAGUCCUAUCUCUCCUGGUGGAUCACAUGAAUAUCUACAGUCCUAUCUCUCCUGGUGGAUUACAUAAAUAUCUACAGUCCUAUCUCUCCUGGUGGAUUACAUGAAUAUCUACAGUCCUAUCUCUCCUGGUGGAUCACAUGAAUAUCUACAGUCCUAGCUCUCCUGGUGGAUUACAUGAAUAUCUACAGUCCUAUCUCUCCUGGUGGAUCACAUGAAUAUCUACAGUCCUAUCUCUCCUGGUGGAUUACAUUAAUAUCUACAGUCCUAUCUCUCCUGGUGGAUCACAUGAAUAUCUACAGUCCUAUCUCUCCUGGUGGAUCACAUGAAUAUCUACAGUCCUAUCUCUCCUGGUGGAUUACAUGAAUAUCUACAGUCCUAUCUCUCCUGGUGGAUCACAUGAAUAUCUACAGUCCUAUCUCUCCUGGUGGAUUACAUGAAUAUCUACAGUCCUAUCUCUCCCUGUGGGCCCUCUGUGUGUUUUGAACUGUGGUCUUGUGACAGACCUCACAGGAUAGUGUGACAUGACGCGGUACUAGGCCAGCAUGACAAAGCCAGCCAUCCCACAAAUGGACUCCUUGUUGGUCUUUUAUAUAGUCAUGUCUGAGGCACUGAGGACCACAUGUCUACGAUGGUAAUGCAGUACAUUCUCAUUCUGCUGUGGAAGAAGAAGAGCACAAUAAUCCCAACACAGGAAGGCCAUAGAGUACUGGGCUCUGUCACAACUGGGGCCCCAUUCCUGGCCUGGCCAAGCUCUCUGACAGCUGCCCUCUGCCCUCUACACGUUCGUCAUUGUUUUCAGCCACAUACUGAAAGAUGCAAGCCCCUCAUUCUAGGGCUGGUGUUAAGUCUAAUGGAAUUGUCUACUGAGCGAGUAGACACUCGCUUGACUGCGUAAUCUGUGCUCUUCGUUGCUUUAGUUUCACAGAAUAACGCAUUUAAGUUAUUUUGUUGUUUUUCAAGAAUGUCUGUUCAGUUGUGCGUAAAAUGUCAAGGAAGCGUGGAAAUUACCGUGAUAGGCUUACAGUCCGGAACUACAAACUAGUGCUGAACUGUUUUUAAUGUAGAGAUGGUUACAAGGCAACAGGCUGCUGGAGUCGGUGUACUUCCAGCUAGCUCUUGAAACUGGACCCUGCCUGUAAAACAAACCAUGUCUUUAUGUCUGCCCAGGGAAUCUCAACUACAUGUAGCACAUAAAUCAGAGGACGACAGAGACUCGUAGCUCUCCAGUGAUGGAUCCCUGGCUUCCUUGGGCUCUAUAGUGGUCAUUCUUUAUAGCCAGGAGCACCAAGGUCCAAGGACAGCUGGUUGGAGGAUGCUAUGUGGACAUGCCAGUCUCCCUGGCAUCUAGUAGUAAAAUGAUACAGGCACUUCUAUUGUUUGCCCCUGUCAUUGCUGAGUCACUGAUUACUAGCACCUGUAACAUGUCCCCAUAAUUCUUCCUGGUCAUGCCAUGUGAUCAGGAAAAUAACAGAUUACAUCUCAUGCUUUUCCUUGUCUGACUCUCUCUUGCUCGCUCUCUCUCACGCUCGCGCUCAUGCUUUCGCUCUCGCUCUCUCAUGGUCUCUCGCGCUCUCUGUCUCCCUUGCGCUCUCUGUCUCCCUCGCGCGCUCUCUGUCUCCCUCGCACGCUCUCUGUCUCCCUCGCACGCUCUCUGUCUCCCUCGCGCGCUCUCUGUCUCCCUCGCGCGCUCUCUGUCUCUCUCUCGCUCACAAUCUCUCUCGCUCCCUCCCUCAGGCUGCAGAUAGCCCAGGAGGAGCACCGUACAGUGGAGGUGGAGAAGGUGAACCUGGAACAGAAGCUGAGGGAUGAGAUCAACUGUGCCAAGCAGGAGGCCCAGCGGCUCAAGGGGCUCCGUGAGGGCACCGAGAACGAGCUGAGUAGGCAGAAAUAUGCAGAGGAGGAGCUGGACCAGGUACUGGACUGUACCACUUUGGAGAGGGACAGGGGUGGAGAACAAAUGCAUGUGGAUGAGAGAGGGAGAAUUAGUCUAGUGGGAUUCUUGUUGAGAAACAAGGCGUGUAACAAGAACCUGUAGAGUAAAGCCCGAGAGGAGAGACACUCCAACUGACUGAACCCUGUUAACCAGUCUAUAUUCUAGAUUUAGAUGGAUUAGAUGCCGAAUGGGAUCAGUAGGCUUAACUCCCACUCAGCUCUUUGCCCAUCAGGGAAAUGGCAGGAAAAGAAGCAGCGGUCGGCCCACACAGGGCAGGUGAGCAGAGGGCUCACGUUGUGUACUCUCUCAUCAAUCCACUACUAUCACUAUGGUCUCCUGAGAACACACUGCAGUCUGCUGGAGGAAGCAAUAGUCACUCCUUUAUCUGAUUUCAGUUCUCAAUAUCCCUCCUUUUAGUCUUUUCAGCAUGCAUGCCUAGGAAGAGGAUGAUUUUAAAAUGUUCCUGCAAUAGGAACCACUGUGCUAAAUUUCAGGAAAAUCUAAAAGUGCAUUAAUAUUCUUCUUCCAUUUUCACACAGAAUCAGCUAGAGAAUAUUUUGAAUCCAGCUCUGAAUGCUUUCAUAUGACAUAACAAUUAGAUUCACAGCUCCUGACUGCAGGCAGGGCCCAUUGCACCUCACCCAAAAACAUGGCCUAGUUCUUCAGAGGAUUUGGAAUGCUCAUUUCAUCUGGAGGGUUUCUCUGGAGGCCUGUUCUCUUGUUGUCGGGUCCCAGUGGAGGUCAAACCAGGUCAGCCCUCAUACCUGCCUGAUCAGAAAAGAGAACCACUCUGAUGUCACAUGGCCCCAUAUACAGCCUUAACUCUCCCUGUGCAUAUGGCUUGCAGGCCCCCUGCUCCCCUGGCUGGCCCAGUGCUGCUCCAUUAAGGCUUGGCAUUGAUUGAGUCAAAGGGCAGCUGGGUGGCUCUGGGCUCAUUUGCACAGCUCUUAAUGAGUUGUCUGGAGACAGACCGCGCUAGCUUUCAUGAGCCAAUGGGAUCACAUUUCCCUCUCCCAUCCCCCACCUCCACAUCCAUGUUCACACCAUGGUCCAGAGAGACUUGUCACAGUGUGGGAAUGACACAUUUGUGCUAAAUACACAACUUGUGUGUUGGACUUUGACCUUAACGUGUAGACUUUGGUGUGUUCCUUUCGCUGCUGUAUUGAGUCAUAAGAAGUUAUGUGCUGUAUGUUGACUUCGUGUGUGUGCGCUGCAGGUGCGCAUGGCCCUCAAGAAGGCAGAGAAGGAGCUGGAGUCUCGCUGCAGCUGGUCCCCACCAGAGUCCCUCCAGAAGUGGCUGCAGCUCACCCAUGAGGUGGAGGUGCAGUACUAUAACAUCAAGAAGCAGAACGCUGAGAAGCAGCUGCUGGUGGCUAAAGAAGGGGUGAGACGCCACAGAACUAGAUAUACCGUAUGAGGACUAGAAUUCAGAAAGUAUUCAGACCCCUUUACUUUUUCCAGAUUUUGUUACGUUACAGCCUUAUUCUAAAAUGGAUUACAUUGUUUUUUCCCCCUCAUUAAUCUACACACAAUACCCAAUAAUGACAAAGCAGAAACAGUUUUGUAGAUUUUUUUGGUGCUCAUUUAUUACAAAUAAAAAACUGAAAUCACAUUUACAUAAGUAUUCAGACCCUUUACUCAGUACUUUGUUGAAGCACCUUUGGCAGCGAUUACAGCGUCGAGUCUUCUUGGGUAUGACGCUACAAGCUUGGCAUACCUGUAUUUGGGGAGUUUCUCCCAUUCUCCUCUGCAGAUCCUCUCGAGCUCUGUCAGGUUGGAUGGGGAGCGUCGCUGCAAAGCUAUUUUCAGGUAUCUCCAGAGAUGUUAGAUCAGGUUAAAGUCCGGGCUCUGGCUGGGCAUCUCAAGGACAUUCAGAAACUUGUCCCGAUGUCACUCCUACAUUGUCUUGGCUGUUUGCUUAGGGUCAUGGUCCUGUUAGAAGGUGAACCUUCUCCCCAGUCUGAGGUCCUGAGUGCUCUGGAGCAGGUUUUCAUCGAGGAUCUCUCUGUACUUUGCUCCGUUCAUCUUUCCCUCGAUCCUGACUAGUGUCCCAGUCCCUGCUGCUGAAAAACAUCCCCACAGCAUGAUGCUGCCACCACCAUGCUUCACCGUAGGGAUGGUGCCAGGUUUCCUUCAGACUUGACGCUUUGCAUUCAGGCCGAAGAGUUCAAUCUUGGUUUCAUCAGACCAGAGAAUCUUGUUUCUCAUGGUCUGAGAGUCCUUUAGGUGCAUUUUGGCAAACUCCAAGUGGGCUGUCAUGUGCCUUUUACUGAGGAGUGUCUUCCGUCUGGCCACUACCAUAAAAGCCUGAUUGGUGGAGUGCUGCAGAGAUGGUUGUCCUUCUGGAAGGUUGUCCCAUCUCCACAGAGGAACUGGAGCUCUGUCAGAGUGACCAUCAUGUUAUUGGUCACCUCCCUGACCAAGGCCCUUCUCCCCCGAUUGCUCCGUUUGGCCAGGCGGCCAGCUCUAGGAAGAGUCUUGGUGGUUCCACACUAAUUCCAUUUAAGAAUGAUGCAGGCCACUGUGUUCUUGGAGACCUUCAAUGCUGCAGAAAGGUUUUGGUACCCUUCCCCAGAUCUGUGCCUCGACACAAUCCUGUCUCGGAGCUCUACGGACAAUUCCUUCGACCUCAUGGCUUGAUUUUUGCUCUGACAUGCACUGUCAACUGUGGGACCUUUUAUUGACAGGUGUGCCUUUCCAAAUUAUGUCCAAUCAAUUUAAUAUACAACAGGUGGACUCCAAACAAGUUGUAGAAGCAUCUCAAGAAUGAUCAAUGGAAACAGGAUGCACCUGAGCUCAAUUUCGAGUGUCAUAGCAAAUGGUCUGAAUACUUAUGUAAAUAAGGUAUUUCUGUUUUUUAUUUGUAAUACCUUUGCAAACAUUUCUAAAACCUGUUUUCACUUUGUCAUUAUGGGGUAUUGUGUGUAGAUUGAUGAGGAAACAUUUUUAUUUAAUCCAUUUUAGAAUAAGGCUGUAACGUAACAAAAUGUGGAAAAGGGGAAUGGGCCUGAAUACUUUCCGAAUGCGCACUGUAUGCCAUAUGAGGACUAGAUAUACCGAAUGAGUAGGGCCAGGGGAUUUCUCUGACAAUGUGGCAGGAGAAACUAUGGACUCUUAGUGUGACAGAGGUGACGGAACCUGGGAGUAAUGUUUUAUCGUGUGUGCGACUGCAGGCAGAGAAGAUCAAGAAGAAGCGGAACACCAUCUUUGGGACCUUCCAUGUGGCACACAGCUCCUGUCUGGACAAUGUGGAUCACCAAAUUCUGACAGCCAAGUCAGUUUAAUUACAUAUACAGUAUAUUGGGAUUUGUCUAAAGCCAAUAUCUCCUAUAUCUGUUCACAUUGUGAUCUGUACUUGUAUUCCUCUGUCCCCCCCCCCCCCCCCCCCAUCUCACUCUCCUCUCCUCCGGUCCAGACAAGCCCUGGGUGAGGUGACUGCUGCUCUGAGGGAGAGGCUGCACCGCUGGCAGCAGAUUGAGAUUCUGACGGGGUUCACCAUCGUCAACAACCCUGGGCUGUCCUCCCUGGCCUCCACCCUGAACCUUGACCCCAGCAUCAUGGGCGGCCGGGCCACGCCCCAGCACUUCAUUAUGUCUGAUGACAUGGACGACAUGGACGAGGACAUCAUAUCGCCCGGAACUCUGCAAUGUAAGGGCUCGCCCGACUCCUUCGGCCCCGCUGUGGGACUCAGUAGCAAAAGACCCCCUAAAUACACCAAGGGCCUCCUGGGGAAAUCCAAAAGUCAACUCUCAUAUGAAAAUUAGCAUACAGACACAAAAUAUUAUCAUUAACAAUUGAUCAACUAUUCUCUCAAUUUAUUAAAAUGAGCAGCCCGGUUGGUGUAGGGAUUUGGGGUGUUUGUCUGUGAUUGAGAGUCCAACAAUGGACCCCAGGAAGAGUAGCUGCUGCUUUCGCAACAGCUAAUGGGGAUCCUAAUAAAAUACCCCAAAAAGUGUUGUGUGUUUGCAAAUCUGUAAUGUAUGAAUUGUAAUUUCACCUGUCUUUUUUUUAUACAUGUUUUCAGUUGGUUGGGGUGUUUAUUUUGUUCCAUUUUGGAAAUUAGUUUUGCCUCGAUAUGGGAAUUUCACUUCUGGGAUGGAGUGUGAGACGAGAACAAUGUUGAUAUCACAUGCUGUGGAAAUUGAACCUCUGAAGAAAUACAUACUUCAUGACACCAAAUCUUUGUGCUGAUCUAUUUUUAGCAGUUGUCUCCUAGUAUGACCAAUGGAAUGUGCUGUUAGGACACGACUGAAAUAUAGGACUGAACAUGAAGCAACAGUAUGCAAUAUCAAAGGCCAUUGUCCUCCAGUACUCCUAUAAGCUUGAUAAGGCUUUAGCUUUGGGAAAGAGGAAGGCACAAUGGUAAAACAUUUGUCUUCCUUGUAGUGCUGCCCGGAAGACCAUUAGUUUUAUCUCCUCACAUAGAGCUUUGCUUUCUAUUGUGUUUUAAGUCAAGUCCUUCCCCAGUGAGUACACAUUUAUCACCUUGUUUCAGCCGCUAAGGAAUGAAAUACUCAGGGUUUCUUCUUUUGAAAUGGAGAAUUACAGCUUUUAUUAACCAGUUAGGAUCUCAAAGGGAGUUGUGAUGUGAACAACAUACUUUAGUUCUUAUUUAUAUUGCUAGUCUUGGUAACCUAAAUGUAUUCUAUUUAUUGUAACAUAAUGUUGACAUAUUAAGUCAAUCAACGUGUUCUUUGGUAUCCUGGUAACCAGCUCUGAUAAGCUCUACAGGGCAGUAUCUGGGUUAUGAUUAUAGCAGACCCAGAGAGAGCUGAUACUGUCUGGGUUAUGAUUAUAGCAAACACAGAGAGAAGUACUGAUACUGUCUGGGUUAUGAUUAUAGCAGACCCAGAGAGAGCUGAUACUGUCUGGGUUAUGAUUAUAGCAAACACAGAGAGAAGUACUGAUACUGUCUGGGUUAUGAUUAUAGCAGACCCAGAGAGAGCUGAUACUGUCUGGGUUAUGAUUAUAGCAAACACAGAGAGAAGGGAUGAUAAUGUCUGGGUUAUGAUUAUAGCAGACCCAGAGAGAAGUACUGAUACUGUCUGGGUUAUGAUUAUAGCAGACCCAGAGAGAGCUGAUACUGUCUGGGUUAUGAUUAUAGCAAACACAGAGAGAAGGGAUGAUAAUGUCUGGGUUAUCAUUAUAGCAGACCCAGAGAGAAGUACUGAUACUGUCUGGGUUAUGAUUAUAGCAAACACAGAGAGAAGGGAUGAUAAUGUCUGGGUUAUGAUUAUAGCAGACCCAGAGAGAAGGGAUGAUAAUGUCUGGGUUAUGAUUAUAGCAGACCCAGAGAGAAGGGAUGAUAAUGUCUGGGUUAUGAUUAUAGCAAACACAGAGAGAAGUACUGAUACUGUCUGGGUUAUGAUUAUAGCAGACCCAGAGAGAAGGGAUGAUAAUGUCUGGGUUAUGAUUAUAGCAAACACAGAGAGAAGUACUGAUACUGUCUGGUUUAUGAUUAUAGCAGACCAAUAGAGAGAAGGGCUGAUACUAACUGCAGGGGUAAGCUGAGCUCUAGUUCUGUUGUCUCCUUCUAGGUCUCUGUCACUGCAGUCCUCUAGUAAGUCUUCUAAUCCACAUGAAUAACAUGUCCCCUCCUCCCUCACUUCCCUUCUCCCCCCACCAACACUUUCUCUUUGGCUGCGGCGGCCGUUCGUGUCUCUGGUCGACCCCCAGACACCAACUGGCUCAAGGACCGGCGAUCGAGUGAUCUGUGGUCCGUGGGUUCGGACAGCCAGUCCUUCAGGAAAUACUCUGGUUGGCCUGUUAGCUACUCAUGCCCCCUCGUCCUGACCUCAACACUCCCUCCCUCCCUCCCUCUAUCUCUCUUUCUCCUUAAGUCACCCACCCCUGUCAAAACCUCAGAGCACAUACUGUAACACUCUUGCCUGGGGCCUGUAGAUGGAUAUAGGUGUAACACUCUGGGCCUGGGGCCUGUAGAUGGAUAUAGCUGUAACACUGGGCCUGGGGCCUGUAGAUGGAUAUAGCUGUAACACUCUGGUCUGGGGCCUAUAGAUGGAUAUAGCUAUAACACUCUGGUCUGGGGCCUGUAUAUGGAUAUAGCUGUAACACUCUGGUCUGGGGCCUAUAGAUGGAUAUAGCUGUAACACUCUGGUCUGGGGCCUAUAGAUGGAUAUAGCUGUAACACUCUGGUCUGGGGCCUAUAGAUGGAUAUAGCUAUAACACUCUGGUCUGGGGCCUGUAUAUGGAUAUAGCUGUAACACUCUGGUCUGGGGCCUAUAGAUGGAUAUAGCUGUAACACUCUGGUCUGGGGCCUAUAGAUGGAUAUAGCUAUAACACUCUGGUCUGGGGCCUGUAUAUGGAUAUAGCUGUAACACUCUGGUCUGGGGCCUAUAGAUGGAUAUAGCUGUAACACUCUGGUCUGGGGCCUGUAGAUGGAUAUAGCUGUAACACUCUGGUCUGGGGCCUGUAUAUGGAUAUAGCUGUAACACUCUGGUCUGGGGCCUAUAGAUGGAUAUAGCUGUAACACUCUGGUCUGGGGCCUAUAGAUGGAUAUAGCUGUAACACUCUGGUCUGGGGCCUAUAGAUGGAUAUAGCUGUAACACUCUGGCCUGGGGCCUGUAUAUGGAUAUAGCUGUAACACUCUGGCCUGGGGCCUGUAGAUGGAUAUAGCUGUAACACUCUGGUCUGGGGCCUAUAGAUGGAUAUAGCUGUAACACUCUGGUCUGGGGCCUAUAUAUGGAUAUAGCUGUAACACUCUGGUCUGGGGCCUGUAUAUGGAUAUAGCUGUAACACUCUGGUCUGGGGCCUAUAGAUGGAUAUAGCUGUAACACUCUGGUCUGGGGCCUAUAGAUGGAUUUAGCUGUAACACUCUGGCCUGGGGCCUGUAUAUGGAUAUAGCUGUAACACUCUGGUCUGGGGCCUGUAUAUGGAUAUAGCUGUAACACUCUGGUCUGGGGCCUGUAUAUGGAUAUAGCUGUAACACUCUGGUCUGGGGCCUAUAGAUGGAUAUAGCUGUAACACUCUGGUCUGGGGCCUAUAGAUGGAUAUAGCUGUAACACUCUGGUCUGGGGCAGGGCCUGUAGAUGGAUAUAGCUGUAACACUCUGGUCUGGGGCAGGGCCUGUAGAUUGAAAAGGCAAACUCUCCACGCUGCGUCCACGUACCCCUGGCCGUACUGUCUCCAGCUGUCCAAUGACUUGCUCUUCUUCCUCAGCCUGAUCCUCCUCUUCUUCCGCAUCACCCAGAGCACUCUUCCACUCACCAGUGACUGUUCUUAGACACCCUCACAACAUACUGGCACUGUCUGCUUUUACAAAUAAUGAUCUACAAUGAAGGGGGAAGGGUUGGUUAUGAUGAAAGAUUUCACUUUUGACCCCCCUGCAAAAACUCCUCACCAGACACCAGCCAAACUUCUCACCAGACACCAGCCAAACUUCUCACCAGCUAAGCAUAGCUAAGGCCCAGGUGUUUGAACAUCAGAUAUUUUGCAUCCAUCACAUGCAUUUCUCUCAACCAAACAUUACUGAACUGCUCAACACCGAGGUCAACAACACUAAUUCAGUACUGAAAUGUCUCAAACACCCAUGUCUACUGCUAGUGCCCUCCCAGUCUAAUUCCAGCCUACUCUUGUCCCUCACCCUGUGUUGUGUUGUGUGUGUGUGUAUAAUCAGAGAGUGGUUGUUGAUAAUGGUGGUGUUCUGUGUUGUCGCUACAGCUCCCAGUAUGAUGUCCCUACGUCAGCGCCACAUGGACUCCCAGCUGGCCAUGGGCUCCCAGAGGUUGGUAGAGACCUGCCUGUUGGCGGGGCAGCAGGGAGACAGUACCUCCUACCUAUCCAGGUCUAGGGCCCCCCUUCAACAGUCACACAACCAGUCCUUCCAACAGUUUGAGGCUCUCCCCCUGCCUCCCUUGUCCUCGGCUGUCUCGCACCCCUCGAUCAUCUGCUCCUCCUCCCCACCUCUUUCCUACCGUCAGCCCCUCUCCUCCCACUUCCACUCCUCCUCCUCCUCCUUACACUCCACCUCUCCUCAUUCCUCCCAUGUCUAUCACUCAUCUUAUUUUCAGCCCAUGGACACCAUCCCAGACUUCCAGCGUAGCAGCAGCUUCGGGUACCCAUCUGCUCUCUUCUCUCCACACGCACUGCAUGCGUGUGGGCUUUUCAACCCAUAGUUUUAAUGUUAUUUUUUAGAUCUGGGCUGCAGUGUUUUCUCAUUUUCAUUAACGAUUGUUUCAUCUGACUAUAACUCAUCCAUUUUGCAGCCUGUGACUUUUGCGUACAUUACUUACAUUACAUUGCGUUAUUACUUUUUUGUUGAAAAUCAAUUUUGAUGCCUUAUUCAUUAUUUCAUAUUUUGAGUUUUUGCCAUCCUCUCCCAACCCUUGUCUUUCCCCCUGGCUGCACUACUAACAGGAGUGGAGUUUCCCAGUAGUGUCCACUGUGUCCUUGGCUUUAUAGGCAUUGGUUAGAUUACCUCCAGCAUGCAGUGCUUUAGCUUGGAUCCACUUUUCAGUCAGGCCCAUUCCAGAAACAAUCCCUCUACCCCAUAGGCAUGUACCCCAUAGUUCUGAAAGGAUUAGAAAGAUGUAAGCAUUCCAUCUGGUGGUAAAAAAAUCCACCUAGCCUAUCAGAGGGGGAAAUGGAGCUACUACCAUUGCUUAUAUCUGUCCAGUUCUUUCAGAUCUACUUGAAGUGCCUAGGUGGUAGAGGCUAUAGAAUGUCUCUGGACCGGGCCUCACAGUCCCUCUCUUUCACUCUUCCUCCACCGACUCUCUUCUGUUCUUCCACCCACAGGGAACUGAACCGCUCAGACUCAGACUCCUCCCUGUCCCUCUGCCAAAUCGGUGAUCGUCUGUCUGCCUACAGCUCCAAGGGCCACCUGGUGAAACCCACCUCCUUCCUGUAUGGCCCCCCAAUCCGCUCCGCCUCCGACGAGCCCUCCCUGCAUGCACACACCCCUAAUGGAGGGAACCGUGUCCACGAGGGAGGAGCCCUGGCUGAGCCAGUCCCAGAGAGCCCCAUCCUGAUGAAGAAGGUAUACAGCAUCGAGAAGUCAGCCAGCCUGGGAGAGAUGGAUGUUGGCCUCGUUGGUAUGUCCAUUUCAGAGUCCUCCCGCUCCCUCAGCCCCAACUCCACCGACGCCGACACCCCCUCCCCCACGGGGGGCCAGCCUGGGGCCGCAGGGGCCAAGGGCAGCAGCCGCAUCCCUCAGGUCUCCUCCAAGAAGAGCCCUCUGGAGGAAGACAGCGGCUCCACGGGAGAAGACACAGACUCCGUCGCCAGCCGCAAGAAACACACCUUCAAGAUCUUCAAAAAACAGAAGAAAUAA